AUUCUCGAUAGCUUUCGCUCAUCCCUUGCCCCAGAAAAGACUCAGGCAAGCGGAACCAGCACCAGGCGAGUCAAAAUCACACACUUGGAUCAACUUGAUCACCUCGCUGCUCGGCAAUUUCGAGCCACCCAAGCGCCCACAAUAUCCGUGUCUGGCCGUAGUCUCCCGUUGAUAUAUAAGGUAAUAUCGACGCUCGUCUCGCCGCCCCAUUCCAUGGCAUUAUUCGUCCUCGAUCUUGACGGCCGCUUCGAUGCCACUCGCCUCGCAUGCACAGAUGACGACUUGCAACACGUCUAUGUCCAGCAGCCGCCCUACGACGAAAGCUCCAGCACCAACAUUGAACUGAUACGAUCGCUCAUCGCAGAUGCCGAGCGCUCCAUGGUCUAUGAAGGCGCUUCGGCGGUGUCUCUGUCUCGUGAAUUUUGGGGCUCGAUUGUGCUGGGCGGGUUAGGAGCGGGUGACUUAGUUGCCGGAUGGAAAGGCUGGCUUCAUGUUGAGCGUGAUCACGUUGCAGAGUAUUCGAUGAGGGUAACUAUGGAGGAUGCAUUUGAAAGACGCUCUGAUAGACAGGAGGUCGUUGAUACUGCUGGUUGGGCUGCAGCAUCACCCUGGGGAAAGUUUACUUUCGAUGAUUGA